CAAUUUGUAUCCACUUUUGCCCAUAUAAAGUGAUGUCUUUUGACAAAAGAGGCUGGGACCGGUGCCCUUGGAACAUCCCAUGGGGAUGCGAUGCACAAGAAAAUGCAGCAUAUUGCGUCUUAAAAAAAGGCAAAUGGGAUAAAAUGCAACUCUGCUCUAGGAGCUGGGAGCACUGCAUCUAGAGCUGUUAUCCUCUUCUGUUCGUCUUUCAGUCUGUCAUUCAAACUACUGCCUGUGUUCUAUGGUAAACGGGACCCUAAAAAAACAGGGGCUGAAGGGACUCCGAUGGGUGCAGCCCACAGCAGUGGCUGAAAUCGCUCUCUGAAUUUGGAUUUGCAUUUGGAAUCGUGAGGGAGCUCCAAGCACAAGAUGAAGGCACCUCAGCGCUCAGGGGGGCGCACUGAUCAGAUGCUCGGCGCUAUGGCAGACAUCCUGGGAUCAUUUGGACUUCCGAGCCACCAGUGGCUUCCAGACUCAGCCCCUGAGCAAAGUAGGAACGAAGAGAAGACCGACGGGGAGAAUUCCCCAGAUGAAGAGGAAGAACAACCCAAUGUGGACCCACAACAUACAGCAUCUGGUCUCCAAGUUCCUACUGAUAGCACAUGCCCUGGGAUGGGCAGAACCAGACGCCUCUCGGACUUCCGUGCGUGGUUUGGAGAAAACUUCUUUCACACUUCAGAAGAAGAAUCCUACUCAAUUGCUGGCAGCGAUGGGAGCAUAUCAGCUUCGGUGGCUUCCAUCCAACCACAACCUUCAACUAGUUCAGCACCCAGUUCCCCUGGAUCCAGGAGGUCAGUCAGCACCUUGAAAAAAUGGCUGACAAACCCAGUCAGGAAGCUGAGCAGUGGCAGCCGUCUAGAUCAACGACAGAGUAAGAAAAUUGAAAGCAGGCCAAAGAGAGGUGUACCAGGCCGGAGGAGGAGUGCAGAUGAUGGAGGCAGAAGAAGUUUUGAUCUAGGGGUCUUGCGGAAAAUGGAUGAGUUUACCCAUCCUGAGGAUAAGGGUUCGGAAUGGAAGGAACAGGAUCACCCUGAGCGGUUGCCUGACUUAUCAAUAUUAAAUGACUUGCUACAAGGGGUAACUACAGAACCCAACAAUAAGGAUCCGCACACAUCCUACCUCUCCGAUCCUACGGAUUCUUUGGCAUCAGAACUACCUGUUACUCCCUCCUUCCCCCCAGCAGAAACAGAAGAAGAAAAGAAGAGUGCCUUAGAAAAGAGUAUGUAUGUUUUAAUGGAGCUUAUAGAAACAGAAAAGAUGUAUGUUGAAGACUUGCGCCAAAUAGUGGAGGGUUACAUGGCCACCAUGAAUACACAAGGAAUUCCAGAAGACAUGAAGGGAAAAGACAAAAUUGUUUUUGGGAAUAUACACCAGAUCUUUGAUUGGCACAAAGACUAUUUUUUAAGUGAGCUUCAAAAGUGCCUUGAGGACCCAAACAGAUUAGCGAUUCUCUUCAUCAAGCAUGAGCGCCGGCUGCACAUGUAUGUGGUGUACUGUCAGAACAAACCCAAGUCUGAGCACAUUGUAUCAGAGUAUAUUGACACCUACUUUGAGGAGUUAAGACAACAGCUCUCACACCGCCUUCAACUCAACGACCUGCUUAUCAAGCCAGUGCAGAGGAUAAUGAAGUAUCAGUUGCUGCUAAAAGACUUUCUUAAAUAUUACAGCAAAGCUGGACAAGACACAUCAGAACUGGAGAAAGCUGUGGAAGUUAUGUGUUUCGUGCCCAAGCGCUGUAAUGACAUGAUGAAUCUAGGCAGGCUUCAGGGAUUUGAGGGAAAAAUUACCGCUCAGGGGAAGCUUCUGCAACAAGACACAUUUCUGGUGAACGAGCAGGAGAGCAGCUUUCUGACACGCUGCAAAGAACGCAGGGUCUUCCUCUUUGAACAAAUAAUCAUCUUUAGUGAACCGAUUGAUAAAAAGAAAGAUUUCUCCUUGCCUGGAUACAUCUUUAAAAAUAGCAUUAAGAUUAGUUGCCUUGGCAUUGAAGAGUCUAUAGAUAAUGAUCCUUGUAAGUUUGUCCUGACAUCACGAGGUGCUGAUAGGAGCUUGGUCCGGUACAUACUGCAGGCCUCCACGCAAGAGAUCCGCUUGGCUUGGAUAAAAGAUAUUGGACAGAUCUUAGAGAGUCAGAGGAACUUUCUCAAUGCCCUUCAGUCUCCUAUUGAAUACCAACGCCGAGAAAGCAAAUCCAAUAGUCUGGGCAGAAACAGUAACCUCCGCAUUAUGGAAACUUCCCGUGGAGGGUUAAGGCCCCAUUCUUCCUCUUCUAUGGACAGGAACAAAGUUCCCAACCUCAAGUCAUACAAUUCUUCCCUGCCUUCCCUUUAUUUGCCAAGCAACCCUCGACAAGACAGUAGACAGUUUGGAAACAAGGUACACUCAGCUCGAAAAAGUUCUCACUCAGAUGCCCUCCCUUCACCGGCAAUCCUUUCCCCAACACACAUCAGCCUUGACUUCCAUCAUCCAGAGUCCUCUUCACCGACAGUGUCCAAUGGGACCCCACAAAGUGACUCCACCAGCCGGAAACCAAGCCUAUCAGAACGUGAACUACCUGGCUAUGCAUCGUCUCCUGAAGAUUAUGGUGUUCCUACUCCCAGGUUGGCCAAGCUGGAUGAAGAUGAACUGUGAGCUGUGCCCUCUUGUUCAGGAGUUGCCAGUAUAUCUAUUCCUGGAGCAAGAAGAAUGUGCCACUUUGGUCUGAGACCACUUGACCACUUAGACAUAAAAUACACUUUUGUUUGGCACAUGCCACAUGAGAUGGGUUUCUUAGCUUUUUACACCGAACAAAAAGAGCUGGUGAAAGAGUAUGAAGUCUUCUCAUUGGCGAGCAAUGUUAAUAUGAGGACAUUCUUAUAUAUAUCCUAUAAACUCCCACUGCUGCAUGGGGAACUUGAGGACACAUUGUGUUUGUUAGUUCAUAUUUGGAGUCCUUACUGUACAGUGACUGUAGGAAACAAUGCUCUAAAUUGGCAAACAUGGGAUUUGUUAAGUCAUUCUGUAAGGAUGUGUUUUUUUAAAAUAUGCAUACGUAUCUAUAAAUUUCCAGUCCUCUGGAUGAUAGAGAUCAAGACUUGAUGAUGUCAACAAAAUCUUGUCCACUUCCAAAAAUAAGGAGUCACUUGGGUCUUGAAAUUGUUUCUGCUGUUUGAGCACAGCUUUCUGUGAUUUACAUUUGUAGAUGUUCAAUGAUGCAUUACAAAAUAGGCGCUAAAAAAAGAAGAAAGCAUACAGUAACAUGGGAAGUUCCAGGACACGAGAGGGAACAAGAGAAGCAGAGUAAAUAUUUUCUUUAGCUCUUAGGUUAUUUGUACAUUGCAGUGCUUAUAACUGGUACCAAAUGCUUGCUGAAGCACUUCACCCUAAUGGACCAAUACAAACACUGUUACCAAAAUGGGGCACCCAGAGAGGUUUAUUUAGCCAAUGAAAAUGCAGUCUGAAGCCUUGCAUGUAGACACUAAGACAUCCGUUUUGAUGGAUAAUGCAGUGAAAAACAAAAUGGAUUUAUGGGCUUAACAGUUUUGUAUUCUGAAUGAUGGGUGUUGAUACCAAGUAUAAGAGAGCUGCGGUACCAACUGGCUCAGAUUUCAUUGUGGCGACCUUCAUGCUAGUAAGGAUUUGCUGGGCUCCUACUAAGGGUUGCCACCUUUUCUGGAAGAAAAUGCUUUCUUAUAUUUUUUCUUAUAUGUUUUUUCCAGCUAAUGACAUUAGCAUGAAGCACCAUUUGGCCAUCAAAUGGACUCAAGUCAGAUUGCAUUUUUCUAGAUUCCUUUAUAGAUUCUCCCUAACACAAGCACAUUUUCACGAAUAAUGAUAGAAGUUGUGCACUCUUUAAUAUUUCUGUCGUCAUUGUGAAGUAUGGUGGGAUAUACAUAUGUGUGUAUGGCUGCCCUUUUUCUUGCCCUUAUUUUGCAGUCUGUUUAUGAUAACAAAUACAUAAACAAAAGGAAAAAAAAUCAUAUUUAAGUUUGCCUAUAAGUUCCUGGUAUUUUUCAGAUUUUUGGGAUGCUUUUCUAAGUCUUGCCAAUCUGUGUACAUACAUUAUUUGAGGAAUUAUGGCUUCUUUCUCCUUCAGAUGUUGACCAAGCCUGGCAUAGUGGCCAGAAUGUGAUGAAGGGGGAACAUGUUUUCUGCCCACUUACAGAGCUAGGCAUCUAUAUGAGAUGUAAUUCGUGUAAAUGUGCAAGGAAAUGACUAAAGUGGCUAUUAUUGAUGUGUUCAUAUUAAGAGAUGCCCAUAUUUUUUCAUCUUGGUUUGUACCCGGUAUAACGAAUCUGGGAGAUUAUAUUCUACAUACAAAUAAAAUCCCUGACAAACUAAACUUAAAGUUGUAGUUCAGCUUAGAAUGUUAUAGAAUGCCCAUUCUUCAACUGCUCUUCAUAGUUUUCUAAAUAUUUUCCUUCCUCUUCUGCCUCUUCCCAGCUUUCAAAUGGGGAUCCCUGACCCCAGUAUCUAAAUAUAAUAUUGCUCUGUGAGGCUACAGUUUUAUUGUUGUUGGGUGGUUUUUUUUCCUGCUAUUCAUCUUUUAGUCUUUAAUUCAAUCCACCCCUAGUUGCUAGGUUAAAUUUGACCCUAGCAACCAGAAAAUUGCUGAAAUUCCAAACUGAAGAGCUGCUGAACCAAAAGCUAAAUCAUUCAAAACCUGCAGUCAAGUGCAAAGAUGAACUACCUCUUUAAAACUGCGCAGAUAUUUGCUUAGUGCACAGUCUGCAAGGCCAUAAAAACAUUUAAUAAUGGAAUUCCCUGCUGAAGCCCAGUCCUCCUGUUCCUUAAAACCCUCCACCCAGUGUGUUCAGGGCUUACAUAUAGACAUUCCCUAAAAACAAAAGAUAGCACUGUUGUAGAAAAUUCAGUAGGCCUCCCUACACAACAGUUGCUUAGUUUGAUUACUCCCCCAUCCAUAAAAUGGGGCUUUCAUCAGUCGCCAUUGCCUUUAAGAUUGUGAAGGAAUGAUAUUCUGUAGAAUGAAUUGUUGCAGGAUCCUCAUGUUUUGAGUGAUGCUUUAUAGCUUAUUAGCUGCUGCAGAUUUUCCCUAUUUUAGCUUUCUGAAUCCAAAAUCCUCUUCUUAUAUCCAAUGCUAAGGGUUCUAUUAAAUAGAAGGGAGUGCUGAUGGUUAAAGUUGGAGGAGAAAAGAUACCAGAAGAAGACUUUGGAAAGAGCCAAUAGUAAGGCUAGAACAUUCUCUGUGUAUAUGGUUGGGGGGGUAAGAGGUAUGCCUAUCAUUCAGAAAAAAUGCACAACCAGGAAGGUUUGCAUGUAAUGCUUGAACACACUGGUGGAGGUUUGAGGAGACUCUGUAUAAAUUGUUAUAUUAUUAUGGUCUUGGAGAAGGUGCCCAAUGUCAUGUUGAAAUGUUACAGUAACUCUGAAGAGUUGACAUCUGAAGUCCAGGAUUUUAUUUGUAUAUUGUAGAAGACUAAAUGUGGCCAUACACAUUAAGAUCUGGUCAUUUAGCUAGGUCACCAAACGGAUGGAUCUUCUGCGGAUAUGCCCAUGUAAGGUGGGAUCAGUCAUUUGGCGAUAGGGCCAAAUGAUCUAAUUAAAAUGGAGGGGGGAUAUGGGGCUGUUGGACCGAGACCACAUCAACAAGCCUAUGCAGUCCCCAAUCUGAUGAGAAAAUGAAACCUGCCCAAUUGUGAUCUGUGUAUGGCCACCUUAGAGUGUGGCACCUGGUGGAAUGGAAUGGUGGGGUGCACACUCUUGAACAUUCUGAAACCCAAAGAACAAUAGAAGAUUCAAAUAGACGUUCUCAAUUCUAACUUGGGAAUAUCCAAUGUGGUUUUGCCCACAAGUGACUCAGAUGUGGUGAACCUAUGUGGUGCCAAAGGGCUAAAUGUGCAAGCAAUAGUCUCAGUCUUAUGAAAGUGCAAUAAUGAAAAAGCUCUUGUCAUAAAUACACUUGCUUUUCAAUUAAAAGAUUAAGUUAGAAUGUUGAAAGCCAUAUUGCAAAAAGCAAAAUACCAAAUAUCAGGAUAGAGUCAUAGUUUUACUCUGAAUUUUAUAUGUAAAUUAUAAUUAGUAAUGAAGCAGAAAAAUUCCCAUUCACCUCGUAGACAGGGUCAGUCAUGUUAUCUCUAUGGCAUUUGCAAAUCAAGUGAGUUUUAUAUUUAAAAAACAGUCAAUUUCUCUGUUAGUACCCCCUAGGCCCAGGCCUUUCCAUAAAUCUGGAUAGUAAUAGCAUUACAUUUUAGAUUGCACAUUUUGUACCCUAAACAUUUCCAGUGUUAGGAAAAUAAUCCCAUUGUGCCGCAGAUAUUUUUAAGCCUAUUAUUGCCUAAUAAAAUAUUUCUAGACAAUCUAUCAUCAGUACAAAAACAUGGUCGGUACAUAGAUUCAUUUGAAAAUAAAUUCCAAGGAAGUUGUGCCACUGGGUAGUUGCCUAUAAAGGUGGCAUAAUGGGCACACCUACUGUACAUGCUAGGGUUAAUGUUCAUGCAUAGAGCAAUUAGGUUGGGAUUUCAGUAGCUGCCCUGAAUAAGAAUAGGUUACAGAGUGAGAGCAGCCACUAUACCUAUAGACUAUAGGUUACCGAUACAUUUCUGUGCAAUUUCAAAAUUCAGGGAUAUUUCUGAGUAUUUCCAGAGACAGUCUGAAUCAGAGAGUAAAAUAGAGACUGUUCCUGCCAAGUAUGGACAGUUGGCAAAUAUGCGUGUGUAAUGUUUACAUAGAAAAGUAAAGUGAAACUAAAUACAAGUCUUGAGAGGCCACAAAUAGUAAGAAACUGUAUGUGAGCAUACAAAUCCAUUCAAUUCUGGUUUGCACAGUGCCAUCCCCGCAAUUCUGCAUGACUGGUACUGACUUGAAUGGCUGUCUGUGACAAUCAGCCCCCGGGUACUUGUGCUCUGAGCUUUAUGAAUGGUAUGAUUCCAUGUUCAGGGUAUAUUCUUAAUAAAUCAUGGAUCUGCAUAAUCAAGGCAUCUGCUAGGCUGGAGGUAAAAAUGAAUUGAUCCUGGGCACAGCAAGAAGGCGAUAUAUUUAUAUAAUUUAUGGUGGUUGAACCUGCGACCCUCCAGCCAUUUAGCAACAAUGUAUAUACUAAUAUAAUUGUUUUAUUCCCAAGGCUCAAGCCAAAUGCCCAAUCUGCACUACUGUAAAACUGGCCUAAAGGUGGCCAUACACUUUACAACUACAAUCUUUCCCACGGCCAUGGGUUGUGGGAAAGAUCAUUCAUUUUCUCUAUUAAUGUUAAGAGCUGAAUGAUCAGACAUACAGGUUGAAACAAAAGAAUUCUGCCCCUAUCUGAUGAUUCAGCAUUAACGUUUUGCCAAUGUUUGGGCGCCUUCAAAUGUCCCCCUUGUCACUUCAUCAUUCUACAUUGUCAGACUGGGCCUCCUAAGGCCUCCCAGAGAAUCUCACAUGCAGGGUCCACUUUCAGGGAAACUAGACAAUAAUACAAAUUAUAUGUGUUAUAUGGGCCUGUGAUGUAAAUAAGAAAAGGUUGAUAGCAAUUGUCCUUGGCUGGGGCCCACCGGGAGAUCAUUCAAUACUCUGGGCAGGCCAGGCCAACCCUGUAGUUUUAUCUCGGUCUUUAAACAUUUAGCACAUAUAUUUGACAAUUUUACUAAGAACUCUUUUAUGAAAGACUUGUAUUUUAGAUAUUAGUUGCCACAGCCAGUAACAAUUGAAUUUCAGACAGAUGUUUAUUAUAUACUGUACUGUUUACAAAAGAAGCAGAGUUUUUAUUAUAUGGUGGGAGAAAUGUAAAAGGUCUUAUAGCUUUCUUUCUAAGCAGAAUGAUGCUGAUUGUUGUGUUUUCAUACAACUUUCUGAUCUGGAAAGCAAAAAAAGUAAGGAUUCACCAAAUUCAUCAUUCAUAUAAAAUCUUUCUUAUGAAUUUGAGUUCUGCAAAAUACUUAAAACCCAACUUCAUAACAUACUAUAACUUUAAAGGAGAACCCAUUUACAGUUUGGUUUUUACAAAGGCCUGUCUGUUCCUCUUGCACAACAUCAUCUGAGAACUGUUCCAUUCCCCCUUUCCUCUUACUGAAAGGCAGAGCAGUCAGGGUAGUGCUGCCAUACUGAGCCAUGCCACUUCUGGUUCUUGGCUACUUGGUGCUUAUGGAUAAGAACUAUCUUAUCCUGCCUUCCAGCACACAUGCUGAUUGGUACUUACCACAAUGGGUUAUGUGCCCUAGCCAAACAUGGCUGCAGCCAACCCUGCUACAUUGCUGUGCAUUUCCUGGAGUGCUACGGGGGAGUGGGCAGAUGAUGUGGCUCAGAAAGGGGCAGGUAGGCUUGUGCAUGGAGCAAACUGGUUAGAAAUGGGUAGGGGGGCUUUCAUUUACCUUUAUGCUUUGGCAGCUAAAGGCAACCCUAUUGUAGCUUUUUACAUUUUCCUCACAUGUUAAAUUGACUCAAAAUAAUCACUUUACAUCUCUAGAAGUCAGAAUUAUAGACAGUAUAAUAUUUGCUAAUGGUAAUAAAAUGUAGAGUUAACCAUCGCCCCCAUCACAAUACAUGGAGUAUAGUUUGGGAGCUCCAGGCUACAUUGGAAUAAGUGCAGAACUUGCUAUCAGUGAAAUUGACAAUAGCUGUGUGUCCCAGAAUUCCCUGUGAGAGGGCAAGUGAGCACAAUAAAUUAUUAUGGGAAUGUUGGAGGUUCCUUUUACUUCCCUGUUGGGUGUUUGGAGUGUCAGGAUGCCAAAGUGAGAUUGUGUGUGUGAGUGCUGUGUGCAAACUACUUGUUUAUACUUUGUGUUUACGAUUUGUAUUUGUGUGAUUCAAAUGGAUGUUGCUAUGGAUUUUUUUCUGUGGAAUAGUGAACCCUGUGGCAAAGUGACACGGCUUGGUUUUACAGCACUGCCACUGCAUACUUCUUAUAUGGGCUUUGCAUGAACCGGUGGGGUUUCACAGGCUAAAACUGUAACAGAGAAUCCUAAUAAAAAAAUAUCAGUAUUGUCAAAAAAAUAUCAUCCACUUGUUAAAGCUGGAAAACACAUAGGGUGCCCAAAAAUAGGAUGCUACUCCUCUACCCUUAGGGAGCUGGUCUUUGUAUAGUAAUCUUGUAUAUGCAUGUUUCAUGAGAAAAACCUUCCGAUCUGAGCACUAUGGUGUACAUUAUAAAGGGGAGGACUUAUCUGGGAAGGUGGGAAAUGGGGUGAGGGGACUCUGAAGUUUUUGUUUACUAAUAAAGCUUUUGGUAUAUCA